AUGGACUCUGUAGGGAAGUUCCUUCGCUCACCAAUAAGCUUUACGAAGCUAUUGCUCAGUGCUGAGCCUUCUAUACAGGAUAUCGCCCUUCUGGUGAUCGGCUUCUUCGCGGCUAUUGCAUCCGGUGUACCAUUUCCAGUGCUUGGUAUACUCUUCGGUGAGCUUAUCGACGAUAUCAAUGGUGCCACCUGCACGAAUACCAACAGCAAUGCAUCCACCUAUCAGUCCAGUGUCGACAGCAAGGUUCUCACGGUUGUCUAUAUCGCCCUAGCAAAUCUGGUCCUCAUAUAUGUAUACAUUGUGUCGUGGAACCUGUUCGGUGAAAGACUGAGCCUGCGCAUUCGAGAACGAUACCUGCGCAGCUUGUUAAACAAAGAUGUCUCUUUCUUUGACAGCAAAAUGUCCCCUGGCGAGGUCUCCAAUCAUCUCAACGCCGAUAUCACUACCAUUCAACAAGGCACGUCAGAGAAAGUAGGGAUUGUGCUCAACGCAAUCUCGUUCUUCGUCACUGCAUACACAAUUGCUUUCAUCAAGGAUGCUCCUCUCGGUGGCAUGCUGGUUUCUCUGACUCCAGCCUUCCUGCUGAUGGCCUUGGUUGGUGGUCAUUUUGUUGGCAAGUAUGUUGGAGCAAUGUCAGCGAAUGUCUCCACGGCCUCAUCUCUCGCACUAGAAUCUCUUUCGAAUUUAGUGGUUGUGCAUGCUUUCGGUGCAAAUUCGAAGCUAGAGACAAGGUUUACAGAAGCAAUCAGCGGCGCUAGAGCUGCUGGUAUUCGAAAGGCAGUCGCAGCUUCCAUUCAAGCUGGCUUGCUCUAUUUCAUUGCGUACUCCUCUAAUGCGCUUGCUUAUUGGCAAGGUUCACGCCAAAUUGCAGCAACAGUUGCAUCUGGCGGUUCUGGUAUAACGGUAGGGACAAUCUAUACUGUCAUCUUCAUCCUUGUCGAUGCAACAAUCAUUCUCAGCACCGUGGCGCCAUUUCUACAAGUUUUUGGAGCUGCACAAGCUGCUUCUAGCAAACUAGAGCAGAAUGUUCAACACACCACUUCUGUCAGUACCUCUGAUAAUGCAGAACGUAUUCUCGAUCACUUCCAUCCCACUGUUGAACUACGGAACGUCUCUUUUGCUUACCCCUCUAGACCUGAGGUCCAGGUUUUGCGCAACGUAUCGCUUGAUUUUCCUGCUACCAAGCAUACCGCCAUUGUAGGAAUGUCCGGUAGUGGCAAAUCAACUAUUGCAAAUCUGGUCUUACGUCUCUACGAUCCUACACAAGGACAGCUUUCGGUUGGUGGACACUCACUGCGUCAACUGGAUCUCAAGUCUUUGCGCAGCUGUAUCAGUCUCGUGCAACAAGAGCCUUGUCUCUUCGACAGAUCGAUCCUCGAGAAUAUUGCACUCGGUCUAGUCAAUUCUCGCAAGUACACCGCGUUUGGGGCUAUUCUGCACUCAGGUCAACUUGCUGAGGUUGCAGCCAGCAUGAGAAACGGGUCCAGUCUAGGUUCUGUUGCAUCAGGAAACGCUAUUGCUGAGAUAUUUGAGCUUGUAGAGGCAGCCGCUGUAGCAGCAGAUGCCGACCCUUUCAUUCGCAAGCUCAAGCAUGGGUACGGUACACUAGUCGGCACAAAAGGUACACUCAUCAGUGGUGGACAAAAGCAAAGAAUAUCGUUGGCACGGGCUCUCGUCAAAGACCCCGACAUUCUCGUUCUGGAUGAAGCGACCGCGUCCUUGGACUCCACAAGCGAAAUGCGGAUUCAAGCAGCGCUGACGAAAGCUAGUCAGGGACGGACCACAAUCACGAUCGCUCAUCGUUUGUCGACCAUCAAGGACGCAGACAAUAUAGUUGUCAUGAGCGAGGGUAAUGUGGUUCAACAAGGCAAACAUGUCGAGCUCAUUGCACAAGAAGGUAUCUAUGCCGAUCUUGUACACCUGCAGAUGCAGCAACCAAGGGCAGAGCAAAUUGGGUCUGAAGUGGACUCAAUCGAUUCCUCGUUUUCGUCGGAAGGCAAAAAUGAAGAUGAGAAACACACAAACUCUCUAGCAACGGAAAUGGAUCCAGCUGCUGAAGUUGCAGAGUCUUCCGACCAUACUGAAGAUCCGGAUAUCGAUCGGCAGAGGUCCACUGUAUACAUCCUAAGAACUCUGGCACCUCUUUUCCGACGAGCUCUACUCGUCAUACUGAUCGCGUUUGGUGCUGUGAUUGUCGUUGGUGGCACCUAUUCAGCUUCAGCUACGAUCUUUGGCCACACCAUUGGUGCUCUCAGCCCAUGCAGAUCUGCAUCGAGCAUCACGUCGGCUGGAGCGUUCUUCGCACUUAUGUUCUUCGUCUUGGCUGUUGUUGAGUUCUUUGCCAAUGUCGUGAGCUGGUCGGGUUUUGGCUUUUUAGCUGAGAAAGUUCUGCAUCAGGUAAGAAUUCUGUCCUUUCGUUCUCUGAUGGAGCAGGAUCUACAUUGGCACGAGUCGGCCAACCGAACACCCAGCUCACUACUGGCACUGAUUACCUCAGAUGGUAAUGCGGUUGGCAGCCUCACUGGUUCAACCAUUGCCACCAUCAUAUCGAUUAUGGUCAAUUUGGUUGCUGCGAUCGUUCUUACACACGUCCUUGCUUGGAAAAUUGCUUUGGUCUGUCUUGCAACUGUACCACUUAUCCUUGGUGCCGGAUCUAUGCAGUUGAUUGUCCUAACCAGAUUCGCUGCUAAACACAAAGCAGCUUUCACGCGAUCUGUAGGUAUUGCUGUCGAGGGCCUCGACUCAAUCAGAACAGUAUCAGCUUAUUCGCUUGAGGAAGAAGUCCUCCAAACCUAUCGUCGGUCGUUGAAGAAGCCGACAAAGGAAGUCACAGCAAGGAGUUUAUACGCUAAUAUGUGGUUGGCGCUUGCCUACGGACUGCCAACAUUUAUAUAUGCCUUAGCCUACUGGUGGGGCACGAAGCUGAUCAUCGCUGGAGAAUACUCUCAAGUACAAUUCUUUAUCGUUCUUAUCGCGUUGCUUGUCAGUGCACAACUCUGGGGUCAGCUCUUCACAAUCGCACCUGAUGUCACAAGAGCCUUUGCAGCUGUCAAGAGAGUAGUCAACCUGAUCUCCCUCACUCAGAACAGUAUCGAAGAGCCGAGUACUGUCGACGAAGAAAAAGCUUCGAUUCCAAACAACGAGUCUACUGUCCAGAAGUCUGGCGGUGCUCACAUCUCUUUCUCCCGUGUGAACUUCUCCUACCCGGCACGUCCCGAUAUACAGGUUUUGAGAGACUUUAAUCUCACCAUUAAACCAGGCCAGUUCGCUGCACUAGUCGGUCCAUCUGGGGCUGGCAAGUCUACAGUGGUUGCACUCCUUGAACGUAUGUACAAGCCAGACUCUGGCACAAUCUGCCUCGAUAAUAUGGAUAUCGGUCCUGCCCCAGUAUCGUUUCGCGACAGUAUUGCCUUUGUCCCCCAAGACAGUGUCAUGUUCGAAGGCUCGAUUCGAUUCAACGUCUCCUUGGGAGCACGCUCAGAUCAAACAGUCAGUGAUGCAGUAAUUCAAGAUGCAUGCAAGAUUGCGAACAUCCACGAGACUAUCGUCAAUCUUCCUGACGGAUACGAAACACAAUGUGGUACCUCUGGCACUCAACUCAGUGGUGGCCAGAAACAAAGGCUAGCUAUUGCACGUGCUCUCGUUCGUCGACCACGCCUCUUGCUAUUAGACGAAUCAACGAGUGCGCUCGAUGCGGAGAGUGAGCAGAGUUUCAAGGACGGACUCAGAGAAGCACGACAGAAGACAGGCAUGACUAUAGUUGCAAUCGCACAUCGUCUUAAUACCAUUCUUAGUGCUGAUAUCAUCUUCGUGAUAGAGGAAGGAAGAGUUGCGGAUCGUGGAACGCAUGAGGAGCUGAUGGCAAGAUCGGAAUCCUACAGGGUCAAUGCAAAACAUCAAGGCUUCUGA